AUGUGCCAGACCAGUGAUCACAAUAGUAGCAAGAUUUGCUGGUAUUUAUUUUCAGGAACUACCGAUUGUAAUGCUGCUGCCUAUCAAAUAAUAAUCCCAGUAUCAGAAGUCUUAUAUGAUCUUCCAGCUGGUGCUGCUGAAUAUGUUACAAAAAUUCCUAAUACAGCUACAGUUACACAUGUUGAAUAA